GCUGCCGAAAGCUGCCGAAAGCUGCCGAAAGCUACGUGGCUUUUCUUAGCUACGUCAAAGCCUAGCUACUUCAUCUAUUUAUUCUGAGAUACUCGUUUGGACACGUUGAUAUAGUAGCAUAGCUAGCCGAACCAUCAUGGACCAGGUUAUGCAGUUCGUUGAGCCCAGUCGGCAGUUCGUCAAGGACUCCAUAAGGCUCGUGAAGAGGUGCACCAAACCAGACAGGAAAGAAUUCCAGAAGAUCGCCAUGGCAACAGCGAUUGGGUUUGCCAUCAUGGGCUUCAUUGGGUUCUUUGUCAAGCUCAUCCAUAUCCCCAUCAACAACAUCAUUGUGGGCGGCUGAACCUCUGCAGGUGUGACAGAACUACAAUACCCAGAAACCUGAGACAGUGGGGCAACAUGGGAUAGUGGCGGAGGGGUGAAGGGAUGUGAUUUAUUUUAUUUUUUUUACAUUCAGUGUGCAAUGUUUAUUUGGCUGUGUUAAUAAAUUAAAGAAAAGCUG